GAAGCAGUGAGUUUUGGGGCUCCAGAAGGAAAGGCAGAGAAGCCAAAAGUUGAUCAACCCUGUGUUCCCCCACAGGACAUUGAGUGGGAGCUUCUGGGUGCUGCUUGCACGAGAGAUGGAUGAGUGCUCUUUGGAACUCUGUUUCUGGUGUGGGUUUUGAAGAUCCAGAACUUCUAGUAAGAAUUCAAAGAGGUGGUUGUGCUUCUGUGAUGGCUGUGGAUUCAAUAUCUUUCGGGAGAUUCGCGUCGGAGUCGUUGGCUUGGGAGAAAUGGUCGUCUUUCUCUCACAACAGAUACAUGGAGGAGGUGGAGAAGUACUCUGUUCCCGGAUCUGUUGCUCAGAAGAAAGCCUAUUUUGAGGCUUAUUACAAGCGCAAGCGUUCUCAAAUUGCCGCGGAAUCGGUUGAUACGGAAGGGGCGCAAUCUGGUCCAGAUGAUAAUGUUGAGAACUGCGAUUCUGAAUGCAGGACCCGUGGCGGUUGGCAUAUUCAAGACUCUGAAAAUGCUUCUGUGCACAAAGCAGAGCACGCUCAGGGGUCAUUGGUGAAAGUGGAUAUCAGUGAAGGCGGUAACCAAUCUGUUUCCUGCAACGAAUUGAAGGAAGCAACGGUUGUUGGGGUUGAUGGAGAAGUCGCAAAUGGUGAAAAGGGGGACGAUAUUGCAGCCUCGAAAACAUCUCCUGAGGAGAGCGAGAAUCAACCUGCCGAUAUGGAGCUUCAGAUAUCAGGAAAGGUUCCCCUGAAGCACCAGGAGAGCUACGACUUCAAUAAGGAUAAACCAGUUGCAGAUCCACCAAAGAAGAAGAGUCCUAAUGCAUCUCCUCAAAGGCCACAAAUUAAUGGAAUUGUUGGUAGGCCAAAGAAGACAAAUGCUUCUCCUGCAAGGCCUUCACAGUCACCUGUUGCAUUGUCCAAGAAGGAGAACGACGCUAUUCGAAAUGGCAACUGCUUCGCUUCGUGCACACCUAAUAUCAGAAAUAAAGCAACGCCAAGAAACAAGAAAAUCGGUACUGAAGUGCCAUCUGUGAGAGACAAAACAACACCUUCAAAAAGAUUAGACAUGUCGUUAAGCUUGUCAUCAGGUCAAGCUUGUGAAGCCACUCCUCCAUGCAACAGAAGUUCUGAAACCUCUGAUAAAAUUGGCAAAGUAAAAGGCGGGAGUACUUACUCCGUGACACCUGAUCAAUCCAGCUUGAGUGAGCCAAGCCGUCCAUCAGCCAAGGAAUCUAUAAACACCAGCCCAACAAGCUUUGCCACAAAAAUGAAUCGUUUGGAAAGCAGAAGCCCACUGAAGUACUCGUGUUUGAGUGGAAUUAGAAUGAGCUGCAAGAAUUGGUCAUCAUCUUUCAGACUCAGGACCGAGGAAAGAGCAGAAAAGCGUAAAGAGUUUUUCUCGAAGCUUCAAGAGAGAGCUAAGGCUGAGGAGGCUGAGAAACUGGAGAAUCAAAAUAAGAAAAAGGUCGCACCAUCUCAUGCUCUAAGAUUCAAGCUGGGAAAAAAGAAUGAAGCUACUGCUGUUGAGGAUGCAAAAUCUUGCAUACAUUCCACAGCUUCCAUCAGGGGCUGCUAUGCCAAGUUCACCCGUAAGCUGCAAUAACCAGCACGUUGUAGAUUUUCAUGUCACCUGCCAACUCAUUUUUCAUCUACAUGGAUUAUGUCUGCAAAUUAACUCCGAAGAAGCCUAAAAGCGUGCAGUUCAUUUCAUUGUACACAUCAGGAUUCAUCCGCCCAUCAUUUCCAUCACUGUAGCAAAAUGGAACCUCGUUUGCUGGGCAUAGUAAAAUUCUUUUAUUUUAUCAUGACCUACUUUUGUACAUCCGCCUACUUUUGAACCAUUUUUGUUCUUUUCAAGCUUGAUGCUUGGGUUCUGUACUGUAUUUUUCCGUGUACCGUUCUUUCAUUUCAGGAAUCAUGGUGAUAGUUUGAGCA